UGGCGUUUUGGUUGAGAUUUGUUUAUGGCUCCUCAGACCGCUGUGUAUUGCUAUCCUGCGGUCGUUACUAAAGUUGGUAUAACUAGAGAAGCAAGCGGUCGGUAACAUUCAUCUCUGGAGGGGGUGUCUAACUCGGUGUUCAGGUUUGUUUGAAUUAAUUAUUCGCCGGAAUAUCCCUUUAAUUAAUGUGUUCUGUAUCAGAGUCUGGUCAAUAUUUGGGUCUCUGACCCGCUCAGACUGAUGGGACUCCUGUCUCUUUUUCUUUCAUAACUUAUGUGGUUUUUAGAGCCACUUGUCUUUGUUCGAUUAGAAAUUAGAAGAUUGAAGCCCCCCCACCAUCUCUCUCUUUCUACAGUCCUGAUACAGGUCUGUUGUUCAGUCAGUCUGGUUCUGUUGGAGGUUUCUGGUUAAAGGGUCAAAGGUUAAGGGUUUGGAUUGUUUGAUUGUGUCCUGAGUAAAUAUGAGUUCAUAUUAGAGGAAUAAUGCGACAGAAAAGUGCUGAACUGUGUUACUCUCAGGAGUGUCGCCGUUAAACACUGGGACUGAAAUUACAGCAUCAUUACAUAAUUACCACUGAGGCAGAUUAUCAGCUGGAUCCAGAGGCCGGUUCAGAGGGACAAUAAUGGAGCUCACAUGCGGCAGGAGCAGCAGGAGGAGGAGCAGGAGGAGCCGCUCCCUCCUGAUGAAAACAAGCCGGACGACGGAGGGGUAGAGCCGGGCUGCAGCAGGCCUGUAGCCCGGGGAUCGAGCACCGUCAACACCGGGGAACCACCGGAGCAGACCCGCCGUCUCCUUCGGUAGAAAACAGUCGAAAAAGGGAAUUUUACCCAGAGAGGAGGAGGAGGAGACCUACCCGGUUACUGACGCGUCCUUACUCCCGUCUGAACGGCCCGAGAAUCCGUCAAUAAUCCGGCUUCCGCUCCGACGUGUCCAGUUUGGAUCGCUGUCUAAACUCGAGAGUUAGUCCCGGGUCGUAAUCCUGGUUCUGUUCCGGGUUUCAGGUUCUGAAAAGGACCAUUUGGACCGUAGUUCGUGGCCUGGCUCUACUCCGAUCGACUCGACCCUGUCUGCUUUAAAGCAGCAGU